CGGCCGGCAGAUGCGUCCCUAUAACUCUGCAAAGACCUGUCCUGUCCUCUCACGCAGCUGAGGAAGUACGAGUACGGCUGAUGUGUGUGUAAUACGUGCAUAAUUAACCAACACGCCGAGGCGAGAGGCACCACGGCCGUUUCUCCCAGUGAUCAUACACGCAUCCGAGGGUCGUGUGUACGUAGUUAGCGGUGAAACUCGGCGGACUCCGCGCGCACCGGUUUGACAGCCAGAACUGGACGACGACCAUCGUGAGCCUUCAGUGCUUAGAAGAUCCUCACGUUCGCGGAAACAUCACAAUAAAGCGAGUUUCGCACGCGGCCAAUAUUGUCUUUUAUUUUUGAAACACCGUCCAGGAUGAGUGCGACUUCUACGGGCUCUGCCAUGGCGAUCCUCUUCCUCGGCUUAGCCACAAUUUUGGUCUCCAUGGUCCCCACCAUAGCGGCUAAAGCUGCAGUGGCUGCAAAUAGAAACGCUUCGGCUAGAGCAUCGGAUUCUUGGGGGGACGAGGACUACGUUCCUUACCGAGGUGAUCGGUUCAACAUCUUCGAUUGGAGUCUUUGCAAGAAUCUGGCGGUGAAGUACUCUUCCAACAUGCUUAUCUCGCCAAUAUCAGUGAAACUCGCCCUGGUUCUGCUCUACGAAGGUGCUCAAGGCCAGACUGCUCACGAGCUUGCCGACGUCUUGGAGCUUCCCAAUGGUCGUGAGGCGACUCGGGAUCGUUUCGCGACCAUUCUCCGCUCUCUGCAGACGCGUCAGCCAGAGUACACCUUGGACAUAUCUACUCGUCUUUAUGUCGACACGUCGAUUCAGGCUAGACAACGUUACAGUGCGAUCGUCAAGACUUUUUACUCCACAGACAUUGUGACCACUAAUUUAUCCGAUGCCCGUCCUGCACUCGCAAACAUCAAUGCAUGGGUUAGCAAUGUGACUCAUGGUCGCAUUAAGGAGGUUCUUACCGACGAGGAAAAAAUCAAGGACUCCGUUUUUUUGGUGAUGAAUGCGUUGUACUUUGCGGGGACCUGGCGGUAUCCGUUCUUGAAGAACGCUACUAAGUAUGGCGCCUUCUACACAGACGUUGACAAGAGCGUCCAAGUCCCCUACAUGAACACCAAUGGCCGUUUCUAUUACGCAGAUAUGCCAGAGCUGGAUGCCCAACUCAUCAGAUUGCCUUACCUCGGUCACAAAUACGCGAUGUUCAUAGUCGUGCCUCGAGCAAGAACUGGGCUUCAGCAGCUAAUAAGAGAUAUAAACCCGUUCGUUAUUAAGAAUCAUAUCUUGUCGAUGGAGGAGACCCCAUUGGAGGUCUAUUUGCCUAAAUUUAAAUUCGACUUCACAACUCAUUUGGAAUCUACGCUUCGUGAGUUGGGCAUUCGCGAUAUUUUCGACAACACAGCCGCUCUCCCUGGUAUCGCUAGAGGCAAGGCAAACUCUCAGCGUCUAAUCGUUUCUGACAUUGUUCAGAAAAUGGGCCUAGAGGUGGACGAGAUUGGUACCAUAGCACAUGCCGUUACUGAGGUUUCAGUCGGCAAUAAGAAUUCCGAGACGGUUGUCAACAUUAGACAUCCGUUUAUGUUCUUCGUGGAGGACGAGUUAGCGGGGACUAUAGUAUUUCUUGGGAAAGUAAUGAAUCCCUCGGAAAGUAAUGGAGUUUACAAGGAACCGAUAGCAGAAGUGCCACCCCGGUUUGGCCAAACGGCGUUCACUUUUGCAGCUCCAGUCGCUGCACCUGUUGCACCUGCGAUAGAUCCAAAUGACGCCGAUAGAUUCAACUUCUUCGACAUUGAACUUCUACAGGCUCUGACUGGGGAAGGCGAGGGCAAUAUUGUCCUGGCUCCGGCAAGCGUGAAGGCAGCAUUGACCGCUCUGGUUGAAGGAACUGGUGGCCGUACUGCCAGCCAAAUCCGUGACACGUUAAGGCUACCCUCGGACCCACGGAGCCUGAGGUUGGCUGCGGAACGUUCACUGGCUCCCUUCAAGGUAAAAAGGGUCGGUGCUCAAUUGGAUCUUGCUACACGUAUCUGGACCGGAACUGACGUCAACCUUACCCCAGAGUACAGUGAGAUUUUGCGGCGACACUACGAUAGCGACGUUCAACCAGUCAACUUUGUCGACGCUCUGAGAACAUCUGAUUUAAUAAACAACUGGGUUCGCGAAAAAACUAGGGGACACAUUCAAUCCAUCGUCGAGCCUGGCAGUCUUGGUCCUCAAGUGAGGCUACUACUGACGAAUGCGUUGUACAUGAAGAGCACCUGGAAGAUAGCAUUCGAUCGGAGUUUGACCAGAUCCAGAUGUUUCCAGGUGCCAAAUGUCGGCUGUCAGAAGACCUAUCUUAUGGAGAGCCUCGGAUAUUAUCCGUACGCCUACAUUCCGUCCUUGCAGGCUGAAGCGAUACAGAUUCCCUACUCGGAUGGGGAACUCUCUAUGUUGAUUCUACUUCCUGAGCGCGUCGAGGGCGGACUACAAGCGCUCGUUAAGGACUUGUCUCACACUUCGCUGCCGCACAUCGUUAAUAGUCUACAAGAAACGGAAGUCGUCUUGUUUAUGCCGAAGUUCAGCAUCGAUACCAAGAUGAAUUUGCAAUCAACUUUACAAAAUCUUGGAAUCGUAGACCUAUUUGGCCUGAAUGCCAACAUUUCCGGAGCUGCAACUAGCCCUCUUGAGGUAGGGGAUAUACUGCACAAUGCGAAGAUCGAGGUGAACGAGGAAGGAACAAUUGCAUCAGCACUUACAGGAAUUGCGGUUGUACCACUGAUGGGUUCCACGGUUCAGACUUUCCGAGCCGAUCGUCCGUUCAUAUUCAUCCUGCGGGACGGGGCCUCAGGUGCUGUGCUUUUCGCGGGACGAGUCGUGAACCCAGACUUGGUGGAUUCGGGAGCGUAAACGAAUUUUAUCACGGCGUCGCCCCGUAUGCUCCGCAGAAGUGUAUAAUAAACAUGGAAAUAUUGUAUAGAUUUUCGCUUGUAUAAAUACGGGAAAACUGUUAUAACAAUUGCAAUUUUUAUAAUCAAAUUAAACCUUUUUUCGUUACUGUAGUCCAUAAAAAGUAAUUCAACUGAAUUUGGGGCGGCGUUGAUUAGUCGAAUAUUUUAUUUUCGUUGCAUUUUCGUCAUCAUAAAGCUUUACUUAUAGUCAACAUGAAAAUUUGCAGCUAUUGACGUGGCGUCGCGACGACGCAUCGGCAAAAGCUGCACUUGUCGGGCGUCGCGACGCCGUCGAACAAUAACUAUAAUGUAAGCGCCUUGACCGACGACGCUCGGAUUGCGUCACGACUAGUGCUAGUACGUAACGAAUUGUUUCUACAAGUAUCGCGGUUCGAUUAUGCCGUGUAUCUAUACUUUGACUAUACUUUGCUUCUUUAAUUGUAAUUAUCGUUAUUUUGAUCAAUACUAUUAUGAUGAUUAUCGUCUCUGUGAGCACCAUGACAAUAAAUUCUAUUUACCAACGUA